AUUUAAAUGUAAAAUUUAAUUAUUUAAGUAUGAAACUGACAGUAAAAAUGGCCUAGUGUAAGAGUCAAAUGACUAUUUAAACCUUUCAAUUUUUUGAGCUGUUUGACUGUAAAGACCAAAAAAAAGGGCGGAAGGGUUUUCUGCAGGAAAGGUUACAAACCACAUUUUUCACCAAAAAAAUGUUGAAUCAUCCUCUUGACACUGACCUACUCCAACAACAACACUUCGCAAAAGGAACCCCAGUCGAGGUCAGCAGCGACGAGGAAGGCUUACAAGGCGCUUGGUACGUUGCCACAAUUCUUGAAUCCCCUCCCAAAUUCACUUCCAAGAAACGGAAGAAGGCCCUGGUUCAGUACAGGACUUUACUCGCCGAAGAUGGCUCCUCCCCUUUGACAGAACAUGUCGACCCCGCUUUGAUACGGCCGUUGCCACCUAAUGAAAAGGAGGGUGUUCUGUCGGGGUUUGAGUUAAACGACGUCGUUGAUGCGAGGUAUAGAGAUGGAUGGUGGACUGGGGUUGUGAGAAAGGUUUUGGAAAAGUCGAAAUAUAGGGUUUAUUUUGAUAAUCCACCUGACGCUAUUGAGUUUGAUGGGAAAGAUUUGAGGGUUCAUUGGAACUGGAUCGAUGGCAAAUGGAUUCGACCAGGAAAGCAGCAAUCAACAGGCUCCAUUUUUAGCUCAGGGACAACUGUGGAGGUAAAUAUUGACAAAGAAAACUUACGUGAUGUUUGGCUCCCUGCAAUAGUAAUAAAAGAAAAUGAGGAGAAUACUUUCUUGGUGAAGUAUCAGAGCUCUAGGAAUGAUGAUGAGUCUGGGACAGUAAAAGUUGUUGUAGAUUCUCUCCACAUCAGACCCACUCCUCCUCGUUAUGCAGAUAGAAAUUAUGAAUUGCUGGAAAGAGUCGAUACAAUAUAUAAUUUUGGUUGGCGAAGUGGAGUAAUUACCAAAGUUCUUACCGGAAGAAGGUACAAUGUCUUUUUUAAGCAUGGAAAUGAGGACAAGGAACUCAGUCACUCUGAUUUGAGGCCUAACAUUGAGUGGAUUGAUGGCAAAUGGGUUAGUAAUUCCAAGCAAGUCUUAAUUGCUUCUGACGAGCACGAGCAGAUAGGAAAUGCUCUCGCUGGUACCCACAACACCGAGGUGGCUGGUGAACUUGAACAUUCCUUUUCCACAAAGGAUAACACUGAAGAUAAGACUCCUUCGACAAAGAUAAGUGAGAAUAUUAUGGAGCAGCCAACUUCCACUGAUGAAAACAAUGCUUUACUCCCAAGCAAGAAGAGGAUCAAUCUGGAAACAUCAAAUGGUAACACUUCCCGCACACGGCCUUUGAACAAGUUAACUGAAGAAAAUGCAGUGGAGAUGCGAUUAUCAGUCACAGAUGAUCAGUUAAAAGAUAUGCCUAAUGAAAUAUCAUGUGAAGAAGGCACUCCAAGGACUGGAGGUACUGCAACAAGACACACGAAGAAAAUGGUGAUUAGUGAUCAGUCUUGUUCUAAGAGUGAAAGCCUCUUAACCGUAGCCACAACUCAAACUGCUUCGAAUGACUGCCUUUUCUGUCAACAUCACCGUUCUAACUGGACGACUAAGAGGCAGAAAGUUGGUUCAGUAGACAGUAAAACAAAUAACCUUGUGAAAAGGAAUGUAAGGGCUAGAAAGUCACCAAGUAAAGGCCCACAGGUUUCGACUGCAGGCAAUGAGGGAACUACAGGGAUUGCAGAAGAAAUCAAUGGAGAGGUUAAAACAAAAGAAGUUGAACUGCCUAUCAUCUUAGGAUUAACAGCAAAGUUCACAAAGACUUUACGGGCUGAAAAUUCUUUUCAGAUUCCUAAUGAGGAAUCUCUGAAGCUAAUGGAAAAGAAUAAUGUAAAUGAUUCAGUCCAAAAUGAGAACAUGGAAAUAGAGGAGCAUAAAGUUGGAGUAAGCAAUCAGAAAAGAAAGAGGGGAAGACCAUGUAAAUCACGUAAAUCACGAAAAUCAGUAGUUACAAGUCCAGAGGCUUUUGAAGCUGGUAAGGAGCAAAAUGGGGCUGGAGGUAUUACUGAUGAAAAAGCUGUAAAAGAUUGUAUGAGUGAUGAAGCUGAUUUGUCAAUACAUAAAGGGGUGGAGCUGGCAGAUGCAUUUAGAGGAAGGACAAGUGAUGAUUACAAAACAAAAGAGGUUCAGUUGGCGAUUGUUGGGAUUCCCAGCAUGUCUGAUGAAGAUCAACCUCUAUCAACUUGGAUAGGAGGAAUCCACUCUUCAGGUGAUGAAGAAUCAAGACUUUCCUCUGGUAGGCUUUUCAAUGGAUGGAAUGAGGAAAGAGGACUGGUUGAUGUUCCUGUAGAAUCUUUUGUAAUUGAUGUCAGAGGUGGAAGUCCAUUGGAUGAGGAUCGGAGUUUGCCUUUUGUGAAGAAAUCACCUGUUUGGCGAACAAUUGAAUCUUUGGAUGUCUUCCACGUUGUGCCCCAACAACCGCAUUUUCAACCUCUGGCUGAAAACAAAGAGGAGUUUCGUGAAGGAUCAGCAAUUGGUAUCAUGGUAACCUUUGCCAGUUUGUUCGAGAAGAUAUCCAUGUUGCAUUUUGAUGAUCCUGGAAGUACAUUUGACAGCAUUUUGGAAAGUCUUAAUGACUUGGAAAAGCACGGAUUUGAUGUUAUAUUGCUUCGACAUCGCGUGAGUGAAUUACAGUCAAUCAAAGAAGGACAAGACCAGCAUCUAGGGGAAAGAAAAAAUGCUGAAAGGGAGAUAAUUGAGUAUACAAGGGAGAUAAGUAAAUUUGAUGAAGAGAUGGAAGAGAUUGAAAAGAAGAUUAUUCAGUUACAAGAACGACAUACUGUAAUAAAGUCAGAGAAGGAGAUUAAGAAUCUUAAGAUUGGUAGCUUGAAGCUGCACGUUGAUGUUCUAAACGAACUUAUUCAGAAUGACUCACGUGAUUUUAAAAAAUUAGCUACUGCCCCUUGGAAGUUGCCAUGAUUGAGGGUACGCUACUCAUGGCUACUUAUUCAUAAUGCUGAGACUCCUGCACCACAGGUGAUUAUUGUUGUUCUUAAAUAUGCGGAUUCAACUGUUGUGUUUAGGGUAGGUCAGUAGGGUCAUUUUGAUUCUUAGAUUUGAUCAUCCGAAUGUUUUAGUUGUUUCAUGCACGUAGCUUACAUCUUCGGAGUCAUGUAUGUUAAGUAAUGGGUCUUAUUGAGUCAAAAUAUGGACCUGCUUCCCUAGAAUAGAAAUACUAAAAAUGUGAAACACUUACUUUUGUGGAAACCUUUAUUGAUGCCCUUUUAAUAGAUUUUUGACAUAUUGCUGCUCCACCGACACUCACAGAAGUGAAGCUUUUUCACCCAUGAUGUGAGUACUUUAAUUUUUUCUUUUACUACUUGUGAUUCUGGUGAAUCGCAGAUGAUUGGAUUCCUGAGGCUGGAGGGAAUUGGACUCCAGUUUUAUGUGAUGUUAUUACCAUGUAAACAUAAUAAUAAUAAUAAAGGGGGUUCCUGAGAGCUCGGGUUGCUUUCUGGAGUGUGAGAGAUGAGUAUUGGGCUUGAGGUUUUCAUGUUCUAUUUUUUAUUAACGUAUAUAUAUUUCGUCUCGUUAGCAUCUUAUUUUGAAUUUCAAUGAAUAUAUGCAAGUGUUGAAUUUUACCAAGAAGGCAAAGGCAAAAUCUGAUAAAGGAAUAGACCAAGUUAUGAUCCCAAAUACUGUUUCACGAUUUUUUCUUUUUUUUGGUGUAUAAGAGGACAAAUGCUCGUGCUAGGGGGAAGAGGAUUACGGGAAUAAAAUCUAU